AUGUGUAUCACCGAAGGUGUGAGAAGUUACUUCACCUCGAGUUUCGGAACCAUCAGCUACUCUUUACCUCUCACAGAAGUCAAAGAUCCAAAAUCAUUUUACCUCCUCAACCAAAUAGUCCUCAGAGUGAUCGAAGAAACGGAGCGAGUAACAGUUUUAGUAAAAAACCUCAGGACAUACACGAUCAACGUCAAAAGACUACACGACAAAACCAAGAACUACAUCAUACAAAUUCGGGGACACGGAGAAUUUUCUACGGUCAUCGAAAAGCUCGAGAAACAUCUAUCUUGGAAUCCGCAUGCAAGAUUCCUAGUGGUGUCUUCCACGAUAUUCCCGAACCCGGAUGAGAUUGCCGCAGAAAUAACAGCGUCUCUGUGGAAAUACAACGUUGUCAAUGUUGCUAUCUUGCUUCCUGAGCCAGAAAAUACAACGAAAUUGAAUGUUUAUACCUGGGAACCCUACAGCAACAGUAGCUGCGGAGAUAACUUUCAGGAUACUCGAGUUACUGACAGCUGCUCUUUCGGAGUCAUGGAAACCAAUAACUCCUGGUUCGAAAGUAAAAUAAAAGGAGAGUUGUACAACUGCACAAUCAAGGCUCGAUAUAUCAAAUGGCCUCCUUUUGUUACAACAGACGUUUCGAAGGGAUUCCAGAAACCGAACUCUCUCUUGAACCAAGGAAUCGAUGUCAACCUACUCAACAUGGUAGCAAGCACAUUAAAUUUGAUCGUCUUGUAUGAGUCUAGCAACGUAUCGUUUUGGGGCGAAGCUUUCGUCAAUAAAUCGUUCACGGGAGAUCUAAGCCUCCUUGAUCGAAACGACGUCGAUGUAGACAUUUUGUUAGGAGGCUACACGAAGUCAUACGCGAGAUCAGUCUACUUCGAUUGUAGUCGUUCGUAUAUUCAAGAGACUCUCGUUUGGUGUGUACCACACGAGCUGGUCACGCUGGGGCUGAAACCAUUGAUAGAUAUUUUGAACGGACCGGUAUGGAUUGGAGUAAUUUUAUUAUACAUUAUUUUCACCUUGGGGAUCUGGUAUCUAAGUACCACUGACUUGAAUCAGGAGAGGUCGGUGUACAGUAGGUUGGGCGACACAUCCUUGAAUAAUUUUUUGGUUCUACUUGGAUUCUGUGCGAAUACCCUACCAAAGUCCGGUUUAGUGAGGUUCCUCAUGGGCUUGCUGAUUAUUUUCAGUCUCCACCUGAAUAUACUUUAUUCUAGCUACCUAACAAGUAUCCUAUCCAGCCACAAUUUCAAAGAGAAAUACAACAGUGUAGAGCUCAUAUAUAAAUAUAACCUUGACACAUACUUUAUCAAUAGUGAAGGUUAUUUCCAGUCUUAUGGUAAGGAAGAAGAUAAUCUCGUUGGCGGCGUGCCUAUCAGUUUGAUUUUGCAUAAAUGGAAGGAAUGUACCAACCUGGAAACUUGCACCGAAAACUUGCUAACAUCUAAAAAAGCUGCUCUUUGCAUUCCCAAUCUGCAUAAGCAAUAUCUUUUCAAUAAUGUCGAGAAUUUGGCCAGCAGGAAAAGUUUGAUAUAUUGUUUAAAUGAUCAUGUAGUCACUUUUCCUAUUAUAAUGAUAAUGAGAAAGGGUUUUCCGCUUUAUGACGUGUUUCAAAGUAUUAUGAAUCGAAUAAGUAGUGCAGGUUUCAUUGCGAAAUGGGAGUAUGACAUUUUGAGGGACAAACAUAAGUCUCAUAUCGACUUGGAUGAAGGAACUAUUAAAUUCGUUAAUUUACUUCCUAUCUUCAAUAUUCUUCUAGUCGGAUAUAUUUUUUCGACUGUAAUACUCAUUGUAGAAAUCAUUGCAUCUAGAAAAAAAGUUGUUGGUUUAUUUAAUAAAAAGUGA